AUGUACGCCCCUGUCGGUGAGGGCCACGGCAACCAACAACCAUCCCUGGUCAAUUCAUGGUGGCUUCAUCCGCCAGCUGGACGAACUGUUGGGCACGAGCGAGAUCAAGAAGGAAAAUACCUACUUGAAGGUGGCAGAGACAGGGGUGGCGAAGGUCACGGGGUCGGGCCUAGGGGUGGCAUCAUGGACUCUCAUCAGCACCAGUUCUGUCUCAAGUGGAAUAGUUUCGGUAGCAACUUAGCGACAGCGUUCUCGAAUUUGUUCAAAAGCGAGAGUCUUACCGAUGUCACCCUAUUCUGCGAGGGAGUAACGUUCAAGGCACACAGGUUAAUCCUCGCAGCAUGCAGCAAGCACUUUCAAGAACUCUUCGAAGGAAUGCCUCUUUCUCCCGCGGGACUGAUCGUUAUUCUCGACGGGACGAGUGCCCACAAUAUGGCGUCCCUUCUCGAAUUCAUGUACCGUGGAGAGGUACACGUGUCCCAGGAAUCCCUCAGCUCUUUCCUCAAAGCAGCCGAAUGCCUACAAGUAAAGGGCCUGUCCAUCGAGCACGAGAAGCUGGCAGUAGCGCAGCGUCGCGCCGCGGAGAACAGUAACUCGUCGACCGACGCCGGCGGCGGCGGGAGCGGCGGGAGCGGCGGCGGCAGCAGCGGCAGCGGUGACAACGGAAGCGGCAACGCGAGCGGAAACGUCGGUGGUAGCGUGAGCGGCAGCGUGGGCGGCGUGAUCGGCGGCGUCGGCGGCGGCGUCGGCGAGCUGAGCGACAUGAGCGAGGCGGGUGAAGCAACCAUGGUGAGAAACACCAUGAAGAGGACCCCCACACCGGCACCGUCGCCCGCCCCUGCCUACACCGUGCCCAGCCUCUACUCCACUUCCUCUCACUAUUACGAAAGCCCGCAGAAAAGGCUGAUGAGAUCGCCCAGCGACAUAGAUACUCUGGGAAGGGCGAGCGUGUUGCGCGAUGGCACUUCCUUCCGGCCUGCAUCGGCGCCGCAACCGCUUCUCUUGGAGAACCACUACUACCAGCCGUUCAUCCAGCCUUCAGAAACGCCCGCACAUCCUCACACCGCACCACACACACCGACGGAAUUGGAACAGGAAUUGGAACGAGCGAGGUCCGAGGAACGUAGCAACUGCGAUCUCAAGGAAAGCGUAGCCGAAGAUCUUCGAAUAAAGCAAGAGCCAGUAGCGAUGACCGAUCGAGAGAGAGCAGAGAAAUUGGCGGAAAGAUUGUCAGGCGAGGUUUAUUCCGGGGGAAGGGGGUUCGAUGGCGGUCAUUACGGUUCGAAUUCGGAUCACAUGCAGCACGGAGGGCAAGUUGGUCACGCCAUAGUACCCCUGCCACCCGCUCAUCCACCGACUCCUGAUCUCAGUCCUGCACCGACAACCCCCGCUAUGUGGAAUACGAAGAUCAACAAGGCUGGCACUGUCUCCACUCCAGAUGGCAAGAAGCUGAAGUGUCCGUUCUGCGAGAAACUAUACGGCUACGAGACGAAUCUGCGGGCCCACAUACGGCAACGUCACCAGGGUAUCAGGGUGCCGUGUCCGUUCUGCUCGCGGACGUUCACGCGGAACAAUACCGUGAGACGGCACAUCGCGCGGGAGCACAAAGCCGAGCUCAAUCUGAAGGCCUUCCAACAGUCGAACCAUUCGAUGUCAGACUCGGUGCCGCAGUAA